UCUUGACUAAUCAAGCAGUUGGCGCUUAAAAACCUAGUCACUCUCUGAAAGCAUGCUCCAAAGCAAUGUUCCUCGCCAAUCUCUCAAAACUCAAGAAGCUCUCAAUACCUUUCAAACCCAAACUCUCACCUCUCUCAUUCCUCUCUACACACCCACAAAACCAAGAACAAGCACUGAACCACCAACAACAAAGCAUUUGCAUAACCAACAGGUCAUACUGGACCCAAAAAAUCCAUGACCUCUGCACCAAACACCGCAACGUUGAUGAAGCCCUCCGCCUUCUUGACCAUCUCCGCCUCCGUGGAUACCUCCCUGACUCCCUCAAUCUCAGCAGCAUAAUUCACGGCCUCUGUGAUGCCAACCGCUUCAAUGAAGCCCACCAACGCCUUAUCAUCUUUUUAACCUCCCUUUGUGUCCCUGAUGAGCGUACUUGUAAUGUACUCGUUGCUCGCUUGCUUCAUUCUAAAGACCCAUUUAGGACAUUGAAUGUUAUUCAUCGUUUGAUUGAAUUUAAACCUGAGUUUGUGCCUUCGUUGAUUAAUUAUAACCGUUUGAUCGAUCAGUUUUGCUCGGUCUCGCUGCCGAAUGUAGCGCAUAGGAUGUUGUACGACAUGAUUAACAGAGGGCACUGUCCAAGUAUUGUAAGUUAUACUACCUUGGUUAAUGGGUAUAGUAAGAUUGGUGAAAUCUCUGAUGCUUAUAAGCUGUUCGAUGAAAUGCCUGAAUGGGGGGUCGUGCCUAAUUCGCUGUCUUAUAGUUUGUUGAUUCGUGGAGUUUUAAGAAAGAGAGACAUUGAACGUGGAAGAGAAUUGAUGCACGUGCUCUUUCAGAGAAUGAGACAUGAAGAGGAUCAGUCAGUGAAUAGUGCCGCUUUUGAUAAUCUUGUUGAUUGUUUGUGUAGAGAAGGGCUUUUUAAUGAGGUUUUUAUGAUUGCCGAGGAAAUGCCACAAGGAAAUAGGGUGAAUGAGGACUUUGCUUAUGGACAUUUGAUUGAUUCCCUUUGUAAGGUUGGGAGGAGCCAUGGUGCUUCCAGGGUCGUUUAUAUAAUGAGGAAAAAAGGGUUUACACCAAGUGUAGUGUCAUAUAAUUCAAUCAUACAUGGGCUUUGUAAGGAAGGGGGUUGCAUGAGAGCUUAUCAGUUGUUAGAGGAAGGGGUUGGAUUUGGUUACUUGCUGUCUGAGUAUACUUACAAGGUUCUGGUAGAAGCACUUUGUCAAGCAAUGGAUCUUGACAAGGCAAGGGAAGUUUUAAAAGUUAUGUUGAACAAGGGAGGGAUGGAUAGAACUAGGAUUUACAAUAUAUAUUUAAGAGCUCUUUGUCUCAUGAAUAACCCAACUGAGCUUUUGAAUGUGCUUGUUUCUAUGCUACAAACUAAUUGUCAGCCUGAUGUGAUCACUCUCAACACAGUUAUUAAUGGGUUUUGCAAGAUGGGAAGGGUUGAAGAAGCUUUGAAGGUGCUAAAUGAUAUGAUGACGGGGAAAUUUUCUGCCCCUGAUGCUGUGACCUUCACUUCCAUCAUAAGCGGUUUAUUAAAUGUUGGAAGAAGUCAAGAAGCUCGCAAUUUACUGCUUCAAAUGCUUGAAAAGGGUAUCACUCCUGGUGUUGUGACAUACAAUGCAAUUCUUCGUGGUUUGUUUAAACUUCAGUUAACAAAAGAGGCAAUGGCGGUUUUUGAUGAAAUGAUAACUGACGGUGUAGCUGCCAACAGUCAAACUUACAGUAUAAUAGUCGAGGGAUUAUGCGAGUCUGGCCAAAUAGAUGGGGCUAAGAAGUUCUGGGAUGAGGUUAUUUGGCCGUCAAAAAUCCAUGAUGAUUUUGUUUAUGCAGCCAUUCUCAAAGGACUUUGCCGCUCAGGCCAUUUGAAUGAGGCCAUACAUUUCCUUUAUGAAUUGGUAGAUUCUGGGGUCAAUCCUAAUAUUGUAAGCUAUAACAUUGUGAUUGACAGAGCUUGCAGCUUAGGUAUGAAAAGAGAAGCUUACCAAAUAGCAGGAGAAAUGCAAAAGAAUGGGUUGACCCCUGAUGCGGUAACGUGGCGGACUCUUGAUAAAUUACAUGGACAAGUGAAGAAUUGAUAUAACAAUUAACAUACGAUUCAACUUGUCAGUGGGCAGAAGGCUUGUAGGUGAGGGGUGGAUUCAACAGCCGUGUAUGUGAAGCAUAUUCUGCAGAUACUGAAGGGAUGAAAAAAGUUCUUGUUAAGGAUUAUGUGUCCAAGAAGAAUGGAUUUCCUGCUUUCUCUCGCCCCAUGUAAAGGAAUCACAAACUGAAAUCUCUAAUGCCCCAAAAUUGGUCUUCACGUCACAGUAAAAAGAUACGAUUCUUGGUGGAGAUCUGCUUUGGUCUGUAAAGAAGAGCAUUCUGGACAAACUCUCAUUUUUUUGUCAGGAGAAAUGAUAAUACAAUUUGUGGGAGAAAUUGUACAUAAAUGAGAAACAACAUGAUGCAGCAGUCUGGUGGGGUUUUGGUUUUUUAUUUUUUGUGAUCUUCAUUCUCAGGAAAUAAAGAGGCAAUCAAUUUGCAGUGGCUGGAAUUGAUUUUUGUUGCUUUCAAGCUGCAGUCAAUCACCCCAACUGGCUAUUAACUCUCUGGCGGUGGUCAUUUCUGUUGUAUUUUUUACAAUUCACCCUGUUCUUUAUAAAGCUUUCAAUCUCAUAUGCAUAGUUAUUAAACCCGGACCGGCCCGGCGGGUUGAUCUGGUGGCUAGACCGGUUCGGGUUUGUUAAAAGACCGGUCAGUGCAACAGCCUGACAAAACCCGGUUGACCCGGCGGGUUGACCCAUGACCCGGACAAGACCCGGUGCCUUUUUUUUUCCUUUUCAAAUCUGGUUUCUGUCCUUCAGACUCCCUUCUUAUUUCUUCAUCUUCUCUACAAUGAGUUGCUGUUAGCAGCGAAGAGGAAGAAGGGAGAGGGCAGCUGGAGGCUGAUCGAAGGAGAGAGAGCCAAGUCUCGGUUUAGCAGAGAUGGGGGAAGCUGGAGACGGCGUCUGUGGGGCUGGUCUCCUGUGUCAGUGGGCGACGACUUUGGUUUGGCCAAGAGAUGGAGGUGGCUGGUGAAGAAGAAGGAGGGGCUCUCUAGUUUUGGCCAAAAGGCCAGGGGGAUGACAGAGAGAGGGAUGAGGGAAGUUGUGGCCAGGCCUCUGUGGCAGCUGCUUUGGCCUAGUGAAAAGGGAAGCUUUGGCUGGUUCUAGGAGAGAAAAUCCAUGAAACACGGGCUGACCUACACUAUCUUCCCACACUCUGGGGUUUUCCUCAAAUUAAAUCCCCUCUUGUUGGGAAUCAUGAAACACAAAAGGAAGCUCUGGUUGUGCAGGCUGUGUGGAGGCGGGUUGUUGUAGGAGCUAAAGGCUAGUUAUUUUUUUGUUUUCUGUGAACAUGGAUGAUGUAUUGCAGCGGUUCCGGUAUUAGCAGAGCAAUGGGGUGUGGCAGUCCUCGUAGACAGAAAAAGGAAGGGACUUAUUGAUCAUUCGAGGAAUUGUCGUCUGAUAGUCGGUGGGAACAAAAUGAUUGGCUCUCAAGAUGGUGAUGUUGCUAGCAAUGGUGAUAGAGGGCAUGCAAGCUGUUGCAGGUAGGUGUGAGCUAUUGUUUCUGUGGUUUGUUUUUGGUUUGUGGUGUGGUGUUCUGAUUGGAAUCUUUAUAUACAGUGGGAGGAGUCAUUUGAGAGGAGACUGUAGAAACAAACAGUCUAAAUGAUCAUCUUUGACUUCCAGCAUCUAACUUUAAACCCCCGCUCUCUUGCCACUGCAACUUGGACACUUGUAUUGCUUGAUGUGCUCAGCUUCGGUAGGUGUAAUCUUGACGCAUUAACUUUAAAUAAUUAUUUUUAAUUUUC